AGCCUGUUGUCCAACCAUCAUAGCCCCGGAUUUCGGGCGUUGCUCGAUGCUUAUAUCUUGGACAAUAUUCUCCUCGACUAUGAUAUACCAAGGAGGUCACCGGCUAUUAAUCACCAUCAAGUCGCCCGCCUAGCGCCCGUGACCUUGACUACUCGCCUCCCGCGCCGCAGCACCUCAAAGCUUCAUCUCCCCACGGCUCAUGUCUUUCUGCUCUCCUCGCUGAAUACUCGACGCCAUGGGCCAGUUCUCUAUGUUUCGAAAGUACAGAGACUAUGUACCCUUGUGGAACGAGCAAGUUUCGACCGCGAAGUCGAAAAGGCGGUGGACGCCAGGUGGCAUCGCUAUAGGCCUGUCGAUAAUACUCAACGUGAUAUUCAUAUGGAGGUGGUGGGUUGGGGUGACACCGACGGCAUUGGACAAUUAUCAACACCUAAAUGAAUACUCCUUACUCGCGCCAGACGUCGCUAUCCUCCCAGCGAGCUCUGAGAACGCCAUUGUGACGAGCCUGUACACGGACGCGUUCGCCACCGCCGUCGCCACGCUUGGGCAUACCAUCAGCAAAGUGAACAGCUCCGCGAGCAAGAUCAUGAUCUACCUCCCCGAAAAGACGUCUCCGCGCGCGGUCUGCAUCGCGAGCGCGAGCGGCUUCACGCCGCACCCCGUCGCGCGCAUUGCGCCGCCGCAUCCAGGCGUGCACCGCCACUUCCUCGAUCAGUACUCGAAGCUGCAGCUCUGGGACCUCGAGCGGCUCGGGAUCAAGAGCCUUGUGUACCUCGACGCUGACACGCUCGUGUACCGCAACUUCGACGAGCUCUUCAGCCUGCCGUACCGCUUCGCCGCGGUGCCGGACGUGUUCCUCGACGACCGCGGGUUCUCGUCGGGCUUCAACGCGGGAAUGCUGUUCUUGCGCCCAUCGCGUGAGGUGCUCAAGGACAUGGUGUCGAAGAUCGGGACGGCAGACUACCCGGCAGAGGACGCGGAGCAAUCGUUCCUGAAUCAUUACUUCGGGAAGGAGGCGCUCCGGCUGCCGUUCACGUACAACGGGAACAUGGCUAUCAAGAAGCGCACGAAGGCGAUGUGGGCGGACCUGAAGGAGAGCAUCCACGUCGUGCAUUACACGCUCGUGAAGCCGUUCCUCCAGGGUGACUAUGCGGAAGUGCCCAUCGACAAGCUGGAGAAGAACAUCAAGAGCAAGAUGGGCAAGCACGGCGGGAUAUUCGUUGACGAGCUGAAUGAGUGGGCCCAGGCGUGGCGGGAGACGGAGGAGAAGUACGGGGAUACAUUUGCAGAGUGCGGGGCACUUGCUUCGUCAUGAAAAGUCUGUGGUCCGCGUGUGCUUCCAGGCGCAUAAUAUUUAUUCACAUAUUCACUGUAUUCAUAUUAUCAAUGCUGCGCUGCUGUCCAUCUGCAAGUAUCACUGUCUGCAUUCACACUGACAGCGCAAAUCGUUAGCCUGAACAGUCUUACGGGGAAA